AUGGAGCCUGUUCCCGAGACCGAGAGCCUGGAGAGCUUCCAGUCGGCUCCUCUGCCCACAUUACGACUGCAGCAACCUCGGGCUAUCUCUACCAACGAUCUUGACUUCAACCGCAAGCCCCCGACAGUGAGGCGGUCUACUGAGCCGACCUCUCCGAGCUCGCCAUCGUGGUCUCAUCCACCGGCCCUGACUCUACCAUACAGACCCAGGACUACAUCACCUCUUUCUGGCACACAUACACGAUCCAAGUCGACUGCCAGUCUCACCCUUCCGAGCAUGUCUCGCACUAAAUCCAUGCCUGGCUUUGAUGUUGCCAAUCGCGCCUUGUCCUCGCCUCUCCUCCGCCCCUCGAGUCCCUCGGGAUCUCCAAAUCGCGUCAGGCAACGCAAGAAGCCUGUUGACGAAGCCUUUCCCCCAACUUCGCCUAUUCGAUCUUCGGUCCUCGACGGGUCGGAGAAGUUGCAGCAUGAGGGCGCCGCUAUAGGACAUCGGCGUACAGCUUCCCCGCUUCGCAACGUUUUGCCUGCGCCCAUGUUAUCCCAACCGCCCAACAUGUCUCUGCCAUCCACGCCGUCAUCUGUCGCAAGUUCUCCCAUCUAUCGGUACGAUUCCAUGUCUGGUGGUUAUAGCUUUCCCUCCAGCUAUUCUUCGUCUAUUCCAUCUACACCAACGUCAAUCAGGUCUCGAAGUCCCAGUAUCUCUAGUUUGGAAACGAUUCCAGACUCCCCAGACGCCGAGGAGGCAGCGCUGGAAGAUGAGCGCAUCGCGAAACUAAGGGCAGCCGCCGAAGCUUCUGAUGGAGAUGGAGAAGACUCUUUGGGCGAUUCCAAGGGAAAGACGAGCCUGGAUGUUCCUAGCCGUGGCCGGACGUUGGGAUUAGGGACCAGGGACAAGCGAAAGCGAUGGAGUGUAUGCGGAGCUGAAAGGAGAGGCGACCUCGACCUGGAAACGAUUUGGGAGGAUUAA